GCAGCAGGACAGGGUGUUGCUGCUGGGCCUUGGCCAGGACACUCAGAGGAGCCAAACACCUCGGAUUACACGUCAAACUUGUCAAAGUGUAGAUAUGUUUGACAACUCUCACUACCCCUUCAACUGUUUCAACUACGAUGGUGACGGAUACCCUUCUUCCAGCACGGACGAAGAGAAGAAAAUGUGCAGACCGGCGUACAGCUACAUCGCUCUGAUAGCCAUGGCUAUCCAGCAGAGCCCCGACCAACGGGUCACUCUGUCCGGCAUCUAUGAGUUCAUCAUGAGGAGAUUCCCCUACUACCGAUCCAACCAGAGAGCCUGGCAGAACUCCAUCAGACACAACCUGUCUCUCAACAGCUGCUUCAUCAAGGUUCCUCGGACUGAGGGCAAUGAGAAGGGAAAGGGAAACUUCUGGACUUUUGCCACUGGCUGUGAAUCCAUGCUCGAUUUGUUUGAAAAUGGCAAUUUUCGGCGUCGCAGACGCCGGAGAAACAUGAAAAUUGGCCUCCGUGACUCCAGAGAAAGCCCUUUCCACUCUCUGGAGAGCCACAGCAACCAGCACACGCCCUCAGCUCGACGUCCUGAGCCCGAAUCCACCCUCUGCCCUUUAAACCCCGAGAGACCAAGACCCGCUCCCCAACAUAACCACCUUAUCCCUAACCCCACCCAGCAAGGGAAACCAGAGUCAGAGAUCAAGUUCAGCAUUGACUACAUCCUAUCCACUCCAGAUCCGCCCCUGUCUGGGCUCAGAUCAUCCCAUGGCCCCGUGCAUAUAGGGCCCCCAGGGCCACCGAUACACGUUCUGGAGCCACAGCACCUGAACCUGCACUUCUGGACUCUGUAAGAGGAGAGGGAAGCAGACAUUAAACUUAUUCUUUCAUCACGGUCUGUGUCUAAAACUGGGAAGUACAAGGACAUCUGAGGACAAGAAUUCCAAGAGGAAUUUUACUUGAAAAUGUAAAUGCGGAAACAAAAUAAGGAGGUACAGUAUUGUGUGGUGGAAUCUAAACGAAAAGUCUAAGAAUACAUGUGGGAAUUCAUCCAAGAGAUUAACUUUGAACAAAACGCAAAACUUCAGCAAAGGAUAUUAUCAUUAUACUGUCUGUGGUGUCUAGUGCUGACAUAGACUAGGUUUAUAGAUUUUUGUCUGUCUGUAUAUACACAGAAACUGUGAGCACAAUUAUGAUGUGUGUAAAACUGCUUUAAAAUAGAUCAGACAAAGGAAG